UCAAAACACAAUGAGUAAAACGAUAGAAAUGUAUCCGUCGAAUUCUGUCUAAUGAAUUAUGAUCUACAAAAAACCGAUUUAGUGCGAAAAGCGAACGUUUUCUGUAAAUGUACUAAAAUCAAUUAUGCAAAGUGAAAUGGAAGUUUGCCUUGCACGAGAGGAGAUACUAAAAACAGAAGAACCAGAAAACAGUCCUGAAGCCUUUUCCUCAUCAUCCGCUCCAACAAUCGAUUCCCCAAUAAAACUCGAAUAUGAGAUUUGUGAUGAGAAAUUCACACAGAAAAGUGACCAUGAAGACGUCUUAGUACCGAAGAAGGAACCGAUUUAUAGUUGCGAAAUUUGCGGGAAACAAUUUUCUUUGAAGAGUAAUCUGAAGAAGCAUACUUCGUUCAUACUUUCAUACUGAAGACAAACCAUUAAAGUGUAAUGUGUGUGGCAAAGGAUUCCUGUAUUAUCAGAGAUUAAAGGACCACAGCAAUAUUCACACUGGUGAACGUCCCUACAGUUGCACUGUAUGCGAAAAAAAAUUUUCCAUGAAGGAUUACCUAGCUAAACACAUGUCUAUUCACCAAAGUGAGUACAAUUAUAAGUGCAAUGUGUGUGGCAAAGCCUUUAAAAAUGGCGCUUACCUCGCGAGUCACCAACGCAUUCAUACGAACGAAAAGUUUAAAUGCACCAUUUGCGAGAAAGAUUAUUCCAAUAAGUAUUAUCUCAGCAUACACAUGAAAAUUCAUGCGGAUGGUUACGAGCAUAAGUGUGAUGUGUGCGGCAAAGGAUUCAUCUCAAAAUCGUGUUUGAAAGACCACGAAAAUAGUCACACGGGUGCACGGCCUUACAAAUGCACUGUCUGUGGAAGGGACUUUCAUCGUAAAACAAAACUUUCUAUACACAUGAAACUUCACAAAAGCGAACGACCGUUCAAAUGUACCGUAUGUGGCAAGGAUUUCGUCUUUAUGGCUCAUUUAUCCAAACACAUGCUUCUUCACACGGAUGAUUAUAAGCAUAAGUGUGACAUUUGUGGCAAAGGUUUUGUAACCAGAACACUCUUGGAAAAUCAUAAACGCCUUCAUACAGGAGAGCGACCGUUCAAAUGCACCGUAUGUGGAAAAGAAUUCGCCAUUAAGGGUAAACUAACUAAACACAUGUCUAGUCACCAAAGUGAGUACAAAUAUAAGUGCGAAGUGUGUGGCAAAGGCUUUUACGAUGGUAAUAACCUCGCGAGCCACACACGCAUUCAUACAAACGAAAAGUUUACAUGCACCAUUUGCGAGAAAGAUUAUUCCAAUAAGUAUUAUCUCAGCACACACAUGAAAAUUCAUGCGGAUGGUUACGAACAUAAGUGUGAUGUGUGCGGCAAAGGAUUCAUCUUCAACUCACUUUUGAAAGACCACGAGUAUAGUCACACAGGUGAACGACCUUACAAAUGCGAUGUAUGUGGAAAUGAUUUCUCCACUCGGUACUUCCUAUCCAGACAUAUGCUUAUUCACACGGAUGAUUAUAAGCAUAAGUGUUACGUUUGUGGUAAAGGAUUCAUGACCAAAAAACGCUUGCAAGAUCAUGAACGCCUUCAUACAGGAGAGCGACCGUAUAAAUGCACUGUGUGUGGAAAAGAUUUCGCGACUAAUUAUUACCUAUCCCGACACAGGAUAAUUCACGGAAGAGAUUAUAGGUACAAGUGUGAAGUGUGUGGCAAAGGCUUUCAUGAGAGUUAUAACCUUGCGAGACACAUACACAUUCAUACAAACGAGAUGCAUGUGAAUGAUUACAAGAAUAAGUAUGCAGUGCGCGGUAAAGAAAUCAUUUCCAAAUCACUUUUGGAAGACCACAAAAAUAGUCACACAGGUGAACGGCCUUACAAAUGCACUGUAUGCGGAAAAGAUUUUCAAGAUAAAAUAAAUCUUUCUAUACACAUGCGACUUCACACAAUCGAGCGACCGUACAAAUGCACCGUAUGUGAAAAAGAAUACGCCGUUAAGGGUUACCUAACUAAACACAUGUCUAGUCACCAAAGUGAGUACAAAUAUAAGUGCGAAGUGUGUGGCAAAGGCUUUUAUGAUAGUAAUAACCUCGCGAGCCACAUACGCAUUCAUACAACGUCAUCAUACGAAAAGUUUAAAUGCACUAUUUGCGAGAAAGAUUAUUCCAAUAAGUAUAAUCUCAGCACACACAUGAAAAUUCACGUGGAUGAUUACGUGCAUAAGUGUGAUGUGUGCGGCAAAGGAUUCACCUGCAAAUCACUUUUGAAAGACCACGCACAUAGUCACACAGGUGAACGGCCUUACAAAUGCACCGUAUGUGGGAAAGAUUUUGCCGUGACGGCUUGCUUUACUAAACACAUGCUUACUCACACGGAUGAUUAUAAGCAUAAGUGUGACUUUUGUGGCAAAGGUUUUGUGACCAGGAAUCUACUGAAAGAUCAUAAACGCUGUCAUACAGGAGAGCGACCGUACAAAUGCACUGUAUGUGGGAAAGCUUUCGCGUCUAAGACUUACCUAUCCAGACACAGGUCUAUCCACGAAAGGGAUUUCAAGUACAAGUGUGAUGUGUGUGGUAAAGGUAUGAAUGAUAGUUCAGGCUUCGCAAAACACAAUAGCCUUCAUACGAACGAGAAGUAAAUGCACCAUUUGCGGAGAAGAUUUUAGCUCUAAGAUUGGCCAAGGAUUCACAAAAGCAAUCAUUUAGAGAUAGUUUGGAAAAUUUAUUGAGGUUUGUUUUUUGAAUAUCCGUUUGAUUUGAGACUACAAAAUGAUUAACGUUUGAAUCAGAGGUGGAAAUAAACCCAUUUUGCGCAUGAAAAACCAAACACCGUGAAUUAAAAAAUUGGGUAACAAAACUAAAAUUGCGACUAUGUUUUAAAUUGUGGGAAAUGAAAUUGAAGGCCUUUUUAAAUUCUAAGUAGAACCAAAAUAAUCUAAUCAAAAAUCAUUCAAUCAUUCAUUCUAAUAUCUACAAUAAAUAUGUGAUAUGAAAAGAUAAUACUGACUAUUUUUAUUUACUGUGAAUCAAAAAAGAUAAUACUAUUUUUAUUUACUGUGAAUCAAAAAACAAACACUCAAAAAAUAAAAAAAAACUAUCAAAAGGCUGUACGGGAUUAAUUUCUGGCAUUCAGAAAAGCCAAAUUAUGUAAUUCUCUAGAAUAAAAUUAUCCUAGAUUUGCACUUCACCGAUGGUUUUAAUUACCGAUUUGCAAAGAAGCAAUCUUUAUAGUUCUUUAGAUAACAUUUGGAGCCAUUAGAAGGGCUUAUUUGGCAUAAUGUUCCCCAUUGUUGUCCAUUUUUCGUUGUGUAUUCUUCUAUCUUUCUUAUUAUCAUUGCUGGCUGUUUUUCUGAACAUAGAUUCGGUUUCGUCUCGUUUCGAGAAUCGAUUCGAUUCGUCUUCCAUAUCGAGUAUAGAGAAAGCGAUUGUAGUGGCAG